CACCAUGUCUCCCAUUUCUCCCCUUACCUUCCACGACACUGGGCUUGAUAGUUCAAGAGGAUGCUGAACCGUGAGCUGACACACUUAUCGGAAAUGAGCCGGUCAGGAAACCAGGUCUCUGAAUACAUCUCCACCACCUUCCUGGACAAGCAGGCUGAUGUAGAGAUACCAUCCCCUCCGCCCAAGGAGCAGGAAAAGCAGCUUCAGCAACGGCCACAGAGGCAACCCAUGUCCCAAAUCAGUGGGGUCAAAAAGCUUACACAUAGUUCCAGUCUUAGCAACUCUGGCAUCCCCCGAUUUGGGGUCAAGACUGACCAGGAGGAGCUGUUGGGCAAGGAGCUGGAAAACCUGAACAAGUGGGGCCUUAACAUCUUCCGAGUAGCUGAGUUCUCCAAUGGCCGAUCGCUAGGAUGUAUUAUGUAUACCAUAUUCCAGGAGAGGGACCUGCUGAAGACCUUCAAGAUCCCAGUGGACACACUGGUCACCUACAUGCUGACCCUGGAGGACCACUACCAUGCUGACGUGGCCUAUCACAACAGCCUACACGCUGCCGAUGUUCUGCAGUCCACACACGUGCUUCUGGCCACACCAGCGCUUGAUGCCGUGUUCACAGACCUGGAAAUCCUAGCUGCUUUGUUCGCUGCCGCCAUCCACGAUGUCGACCACCCAGGGGUCUCUAACCAGUUCCUCAUCAAUACCAACUCAGAAUUAGCCCUGAUGUACAAUGAUGAGUCUGUGCUAGAGAAUCACCACCUGGCUGUGGGCUUCAAGCUGCUGCAGGAGGAGAAUUGUGACAUCUUCCAGAAUCUGAACAAGAGGCAGAGGCAGAGUCUUCGAAGGAUGGUCAUUGACAUG